AUGGAACAUGGAAAAACUAUUGACGCUCAAAUGCCCACAAAUGGAAACUUGGAAAAGAAUGAAAAUGGUAAGGAUUUUGAUGUCAAGAAGUAUAGAGGUAUGAUUGGUUCUCUUCUAUAUCUUACUACAUCUAGGCCAGGCAUUAUGUUUAGUGUAUGUAUGUGUGCUUAUUAUCAAUCGGCUCCUAAGGAAUCACAUUUAAAAGCUGUAAAACGCAUUAAUAGAUAUCUUCAUAGCAACUCUAAGUAUGGGCUUUGGUAUUCCAAGGGAAGAAGUUGUAAUUUGGCUAGUUAUACCGAUUCUGAUUUUUCUGGUUGCAAAUCGGAUAGGAAGAGUACUAGUCGAACUUUCCAUAUGUUUACAAAUUCCUUAGUAAGUUGGCAUAGUAAGAAACAUGUUUUUGUUGCUUUGUCAACUUCUGAGGUGGAAUACGUAGCAGCCGUGUGUUAUUGUUAUGAUAACAUCUACGUUUUUGGUUUGAAUGGUGGUAAAUCUAUAUAUCGCCUUGCUAUAGCACAUGCGUGUGCAGCAUUUCGGGAGCAUAAAAAAGUAUAUGUCAUGUAA